AUGAAAGUCAACGUCGAGCCAUACAAUCCCGAGUGGCCCCUCAAGUUCCGCAAAGUCCAAGAGCGGCUCCAAGGAAUCCUCCAAAAUGUGCCGGUGAUCACAAUCGAGCACGUGGGGAGUACCUCUAUACCGCUACUCCGAGCCAAGCCUGUCCUCGACAUCGAUAUUAUCGUGAAACCCUCCGCACUAGAAGCCGCACGGACAGCCCUGGCAAGCGCUGGCUACACCGAUUGUGGUGAGAUGGGCGUCCCCGGCCGAUUUGCUUUCCGACAACCUGGGUAUGGAUUACUCGAUUUUGCUCAUGGGCUGACGAUCAAUGGAGAACUGCGUCAGAACACCUAUGUUAUCCUUGAGGGAUGCACCGCGCUGCGGAAUCACCUCGAUAUAAAGAGGGUGCUGACUGAAAAUGAGAAUUUACGGGAGGAAUACGCACGCUUCAAGGCGGAUCUCGCGGAGAGGGACUUCGGAAAUAUUGAUGAAUAUUGUAUUGCGAAAACUGAGGUUCUCUGCAAGAUACUGCGCAUAGCUGGGUGGAGUGAAGAAGAACUAGAACCGGUUAUUCGGGCUAACAUGAAUGUGUGA